GGGGAGUGUGGGUGGAACUUGAUAUAUGAAAGACCUGGAAUGUUCCGCCUUAGCGGAAUAAGCUGUGAUAAGUCAGGAAGUAUGCUAAGCGUGCUCUGAUUGGCCAGUUGGCGCGGUACUGGGUCCCGCCUCCUGCUGAGGGACAGGCCGGAUUGUGCUCGGCUGUAGUUUGGCUGAGGGACGGGCCUGGCGAGGGAGCCGACAAGGGUUCAUACCUUGGGUGACUGACCCUCGCUGCUGACUGGCCACAUCUCCCUCAUGCCGCUUGGACUAGGCCGUCGGAAGAAGGCCCCACCACUGGUGGAGAAUGAGGAAGCCGAGCCUGUUCGUAGUGGUCUGGGUGGGGUGGGGGUAGGAAGCAUGGGUGGGGUGGCAGCGCUUCAACCUGGCCUUCCUCCACCUCCUGCCAGUCUCCGUCCUCGCCUCGUGUUCCACACCCAGUUGGCCCAUGGCAGUCCCACUGGCCGGAUUGAGGGCUUCACCAAUGUCAAGGAAUUGUACAGCAAAAUUGCCGAGGCCUUCAAAAUCUCACCAGCUGAGGUAAUGUUCUGCACCUUAAAUACCCACAAAGUAGAUAUGGACAAGCUGCUGGGUGGCCAGAUUGGCUUGGAGGAUUUUAUCUUUGCCCACACAAAGGGCCAGAGGAAGGAGGUCGAAGUGUUCAAGUCCGAGGAGGCCCUGGGCCUGACCAUCACAGACAACGGUGCUGGCUAUGCUUUUAUCAAGAGAAUCAAGGAAGGCAGUGUUAUUGACCGGAUCCAAGUCAUCAAUGUGGGGGACAUGAUCGAGUCCAUCAAUGGUCAGAGUCUCAUCGGCUGCCGGCACUAUGAAGUUGCCAAAAUGCUCAAGGAUUUGCCCAAAGGCCGCACUUUCGCACUGAAACUCACUGAGCCCCGGAAGGCUUUUGAUAUGAUCAGUCAGAGGUCUGCAGGAAGUAAGCAUGGGGGGAAUACUCAGCUUGGCACUGGAAGAGGUACUUUGCGGCUUCGGGCCAAAGGACCAGCCACUGUGGAGGAACAGCCAUCUGCAUUCGAGGAAAAGGCCAUUGAGAAGGUUGAUGAUCUCCUGGAAAGCUACAUGGGAAUCCGUGACACAGAGCUGGCUGCUACCAUGGUGGAGUUGGGCAAGGACAAGCAGAAUCCCGAUGAAUUUGCCGAGGCUCUAGACGAGCAACUGGGCGACUUUGCCUUCCCUGAUGAGUUUGUCUUUGAUGUCUGGGGAGCCAUUGGCGAUGCCAAGGUUGGGCGCUACUAGGACUCUGCACUCUGCUUGGACCCUGCAGGCAGGACCAUUGGGCAGGCCACUGGCGGGCCUGGCACACCACUGUGCCCUCCCCUUGAUGCUGGGCCACCCACUUCCUCUCCACAGGGGCUGGAGCCAGGGCUAAGGGGGCCAUAGAGCAAUAAUUCACCUGCAUCAGUGACAGGAGUGUAAUGGGACUGAGGCCAGAAACUCUGCUGCUGCUUUCCACCCUGCUGGAGACUCCCUCAGAUCUGAAUGCAGUUAGCCAGGAGUCCCCGAUGGCAGUUUCCUUGCCUGCUAAAGGUGCGGAUCCUCCACUCACACCGUUUACUGUUCUCAGGGAGGUGCAGGUGGCCUUUGCUGGUUUCCAAGUCUACCCUUGCAUGGGGGAGAGCAUAAUAGAGUUCAGGCUGAGGAGGAUCGCCUGCAAUCCAGCUCUCCUGAGAAUGUCCCCCAGGGGCUGCAGGAGGAAUGGAUGGAGUAGGGGUGGACCCUUCGGUGUGAAGGUGCAACCAAAGCUCUGAGCUGGACAUCCCUGCUCUGAGCAGGCGGAGGCCUAAAGCUACACUCCCUGGCUUUUCUCUUGGCAUGAGAAUCCUUUGCUUCUUCAUCUCUGUUCCAUUUUGGUACGAGAUCCGUAUUGACAAGUCCUUCAUCUUGUAAUAGGUCUCUUUCCAUAGCCGUGGUCUCAUUCAUACUCUCACUGACAUGCGUGAAUCUCCUUAGGGAGGGUUCCACUUGCUUAAUGUCCCCCACUCUCCUUGUAGUUUGCUGGAGGUCUUGGACAGGGGAUGCUGGGAAGACACUCCUUACACCUCCUCAAUGGUUGAACAACACCCUACUAAAUAAGCUGGAGGAGGUCAUACCCUUGCCCCUUAUCCAGUUUUCUAGAGGUGUCCCUUCCUUUUGUGCACAAGAUCUGUGGGACUGGACACCAACUCUGUCCCAGAUCUUCCAGCUGAUCUGCCGAUCCUGCCCUGUCUGUCUGACACAACUUGUGAUUUCUUCUUAAUCUGCUUCCCUGCCAUCAGCCACUGAACUGAGCUUGGAUCAGUUUUGGUCCUCCUCCUGGUUGGGCAUGGCUGAGGACCGCACCACAGCACAGCUAAGAGCUGCACAGGAAAACUUGGGCAUAGAGCUGCACACCCAGCCAUAGCCACUCACCCCACCCCACCCCCUGAAUGGGUCUGGCUUGACAACCACGGUCAUUGCGAACUCUGCCACAUAUGUGGCAUCACAAGCAGGCGCACUCCCAGAGUUAUGCAGGGUGUCCAGCCUUUUUUCUCUUUUGUCUUUCCACACUGCACCUGGGCUUCUAGCCCCUGGCAAACUCCUGCUGGGUGGAUAGUGCAAAGACUGUCCCAGGUGCCUCACACAGGUUAUGCCACAGUUGAGCUGUCGUCCCCAUGGCAUUUCCUCCCACUACUGCUGGAGAGACUCCCUCACUCUGGGGAGUUCUCCUCCCAGUGCUCCUCAGCAACAGCAGCAGCAGCAGCAGCAGCAGGGUCCCCCUCACUGUCUAGGUUUGGGCAUGCCCACGUCAAUGUCUGUCUUGACUAAUCUAUCCACUUUGUCAUACUGACCUACCUCCCAGGGUGGCCCAACUGAUGUCUGUAAAGCUCCCUCUGUUUAAAUUAUUUAUGUUUUCUCACUGACACACUCCCCCAAAUGCCGGGCCUCUGCCCUGUGCUGCCUCUCAGUACUGUAGUUUGGGCACUGUCUGGUCACCCCGGGGGUUGUGAAGGUCAAUGACACCUCACAGCUCUAAUUCACCUACUGUAUCUCUAAGACACUAACCCCAGGUGGGGCGUGGGGCCUCCUCUGUCCUCAGGACCACACCUCAAGCUCAGAAGGGGCGAGGCUUCUCCCAAGCCCUGCUGCCUACUUAUGUCCUGGCACUGGAAGCCUCUUGGGUAGACCAGGCACCAUGUCCUUCCUGGGCCUAUUUUUGUAUUCUAUAUGUAAAGCAAACUUUAAGAUAAAAUAUAUUGACACUACUAAA